AUGAAAUUGACAUCGAUGAGAACUUUUGGUCUCGUUAAUAAUAUUGGCCCCAGCUGGUUUUAUGCACUAGAAGCUGAAUUUACUAAACCAUAUUUUGAGAAGUUAUCAAAGUUUGUGAGGGAUGAGAGAGCCAAGUACACAGUCUACCCACCUGUCAGUCAAGUUUUCUCCUGGACUCAAGUCACGCCCAUACAUGAAGUCAAGGUCGUAAUAGUAGGUCAGGACCCGUAUCAUCAGCCCAAUCAGGCCCACGGGCUCUGCUUUUCUGUUCAAAAAGGGGUUGACAUACCACCAAGUUUGAAAAACAUGUACAAAGAGUUGGAGCAGUCUUGCCCACCAUUUCGUCAUCCUGGCCAUGGCUACCUUAUGGGCUGGGCUGAACAAGGAGUUUUACUUUUAAACUCUGUUCUAACUGUAAGAAGAAAUGAAGCUAAUUCACAUAAAGAUGCAGGUUGGGAACUGUUUACUGAUGCUGUUAUGAACUGGUUGAACUUUAACCUCAGUGGGGUGGUUUUCAUGUUGUGGGGCUCCUACGCCCAUAAGAAGGGCGACAAAAUUAAUAAGACCAGGCAUCACGUAAUCAAGGGGGUCCACCCUUCUCCCCUGUCUGCCCAUCGCGGUUUUUUCGGCUGCGGCCACUUUAAGAUGUGCAACGAACUGCUGAAGAAACAGAAUAAGCCGGAAAUUAAUUGGAACCAUCUACCGUGA